AUGGAAUCAUGUAAACCGGUUUCAACACCACUGGAACCUGGGACAAAGUUUUCAGAGUUGUCAAAUGAGGAUGAAAAAUUUGACACACAAACAUACCAGCAAGCGAUUGGAUGCCUAACCUAUCUUUCAGUGAUUUCAAGACCAGAUAUCUCAGCUGCAGUGGGAGCACUUUCACAAUUUAUGGCAAAACCUAGCAAAGAUCAUUGGAUCGGGGUGAAACGUGUAUUACGAUAUCUUAAAGGAACUUUAGAUUAUGGCCUGAAAUACUCAGCAGAUGAAAACCCUACACUAGUCGGUUAUUCAGACUCUGACUGGGCAGGAGAUAUUAAUACUCGUCGAUCAACAUCAGGUUAUGUAUUUCAAGUUGCUAAUAGCACAGUUAGUUGGUCGAGCAAAAGGCAGAGGACAGUCGCGAAGAGUUCAACAGAAGCAGAAUAUAUUGCGUUAAGUUUAGCCACGCAAGAAGCGAUAUGGUUACAAAGACCGUUAUAUGACGUUGGAUUUAAAAUCAGAAAACCGAUAACAAUCUUCGAAGACAACCAAGGAACAAUAGAAUUGGCGAAGAAUGCCAAAUAUCAUAAUAGAACGAAACAUAUUGACAUUUGCCAUCAUUUCGUUCGAGAACGCGUUCAGUCGAAGGAGAUCAAUGUAGUAUAUUGUCGAACAGAUGAUAUGAAAGCAGACAUACUAACAAAAGGAUUAGCAAGAUCAAGUUAUGAAAAGUUAAGGGACUUGAUUGGGAUUACAUUGAACAUUGUAAUUUAA